AGCUGUGGUGUGAAAGAGAAGAAGGAGAGCCAAGCAGAUGAUGAAGCAAAAAAAAAAAAUAAAGGGGGAGGGCUGUUGGUAAGGUAUCGUGUACGUACAAAAGAGGAAGUGAUGCCAAACCUAGAGUGUCGAGAGAAAAAGAGAGAGAGAGAGAGAGAGAGCGUCAGAGAACGAGAUUUGCAUUUCAAAAAAAUGAAGAAAAUCAAAGCCACGAGGAAAGGGCGAAGAAGUUAGGAACCUGACUGUAAAGUAGGAGGAGGAGGAGGAGGAGGAGGAGGCGGUGGUUGAGAGAAACGCUGGUAGUUACGUGAAGCAAAGAGAAAGCAAGAUGCAAGAGUGAAAGAAGAGAUGGACUAGUCUACACAACACCAUCAGGGCUAUAAUGUGGGUUUCCUCUGCUACCGGGUAGCAGCAGCAAGUCAGUAUCAGGAGGUGUCGGAGAGCAGCGAGCGGUGGGCAUAUGGUGCCGUGCUGACUGCUUCAGCUGCAGUGCACAUGGCAGACGUGGCCAUUCAGUGGAACAGAGACAGGCGUGAUCCUGCAUCUGGGAUCUCAUCUGGAAACAUCCAAUUCCACAGAACAAACAGCAGAAGGUCCACAUGGACAAACGGUCAGUGUGUAGUGGCCGUACCCACAUCCUCUAUUUUAGCACCGAGUUUUGACCUGGAACUCUGCAGAACACAGCUGGAACAUGAAGGCUUCCAGAUCCCUGUCGAGGACUUUGAGACUCCUCUGAAGACAGCACUAGAACCUCCUUCCAUCAGAAGAUACCUGUUCUUCAACUCAUCCCUGUUUCAUUUCAUCAUGGCCCCAAUUGUGUAUGUGGUGCUGUGGUGCGCCUUCUACUCCAGCCUGCACCUUUACCUCAAUGAGAGGGUCAUGAACCUCUGGGUUCUGUGUCUGUGUGUGAGCCUCAUCGUCAUCGUCAUCACCAUCGCCAUCAUCCUCGUCUUCCACUACAGCAACAAAGAGAUCAACGUGAAUACUGAUGUGCGUCUGGUGAAGGUGAACGAGCGGCUCAUCGGGCACGGUCUGCUCCUGGGCAUAGCUGACUGGGUUGAGAAGUGCACUGGAAAAAUGCAGCUAUGUUGUGUGUUCUGGGAAUUGGGUCCCUGUCUGCAAACCCUGACAGAAACUUUAGCAGAACUCGACUCAGUCGGAGAUGAGAUAAAGAACAAACUGAAGAAAAGAAUGUCUCACCUCAUCGUAGUGGCCGAAGUCCCGCCUCCUGAGUCGGAUGCUGAAGAGCCCUCCGAGGAGCCUGAUGAAGAGCGCCCCCUGCUGGGAGGGGCGUCGGAGAGACGCGCUCCAGCCGAGAAAAGACAAGAAGUUAUACUGACCGAAACAUUUAAUCUGUUACCAGACUUUACCCUCUCGCACCAGGAGAUUGCAAACCACCUUCUGAUGAUCUACAGUGCUGUCUACGUGAAGCUGCUGGUAUCGGAGAGGCUUCCCAGCUCACAUCGCUCUCUUGAUUCAGAAAGGAAUCACUGCACAACGGCAUCACUAUGUCUUUGUCAGUAUGUACAGUACAAACUCCUGCAGUAGAGAGAGAGAGAGCAAGAGAGAGACUCGAACUGGGAUAGACUGCCCCCACCGUGCAUUUCUGUGCACAAACAUGAGCCUGCUGUUCUUAUACGUGUUCUUUAAAUUAUUUUUAAGCUGCUUUGUAAAAUAUAAAUAUAUAUCCUUGUUUAAA